AUGGGUUCAAAAUGCUUAUUCUCCUCUCUCCUGAUCUUGUUAGCUUGGAUCAUCACCUUUCCUAUAUGCCCAACAACUGGAGCAUCAUUAGCUAAGCCAGGAUGCAGUGAUUCCUGUGGCAAUGUUCUCAUCCCCUACCCAUUCGGGCUAAGUCGUCGCUGCGCUGUCAAUCAAUCAUACAUCAUAAUUUGCAAUUCUUCCAAGCCAUAUCUAAGCAACCUCAAUCUUGAAGUGUUGAACAUAUCGUUAGAAAACCAAACAGUCACAGUAAAUUCCUCGUUAGCUAGUUUUUGCAACGCUGAUCAAGCCCAGAGAAAUGGUAGCAGCACCAGCUGGAUUAGCUCCGAUCUUGCCGGAACCCCUUUCUUCUACUCACAAAUAUACAACAAAAUGAUGCUUUUUGGGUGUGGAAAUGCUGUACUAAAUCAAGCAGACAACAAGAUCUUGUCCGGUUGCACGUCCACUUGUGAAUUCAUCGCUUCUGAUCUAGCAACUUAUAGUUCAUCGAGGUGUUAUGGGGUGAAUUGUUGUGAAACAAUAAUUCCUUUCUACCUCUCAAAAUACAAUCUGAAUUUCAGGGGUUCAAGAUUCAACAGAUCAGGACAGUGCUCAACUACGUUUUUGGUGGAUCAAAACUGGUUACCAGAGAAAUUUUCAGAAUCCUUGCAAUUUAUUCCGGUUGUUUUGGCCUGGACUCUAUCACAAGCUGAUGCGACCGCCGUUGUUAAUUGUACUUACGUCAGUGGCUCUUUUUACUUGGAUUCCGGGGAACAUGUGGAAAAUUUUGUAUGUGCAUUUUGCGGCUCAGAUAUCAAUCCAUACCUACAAUCAGAAUGCGGCAGCCCUAGUAAGAUAUCAAAAUAUGGGUUUCUAUUUCCAUUCUUUUCUUGUUACUUUUCUGCAUCUGAUUAA